AUGCAAAUUUUGCCAAUGCGAUUGAUAGUCUCGCUUAUUGGCUCCGAUACCCUUGGUCCUGCUGAAAACUUCCCUACUCUAGCUUACAUUGGCCCAAACGAUUUUCGAUAUAAUGCGCUGAUGCUAGGUGCGGCGAAAGCGGGGUACAAGAUGUUCUUUAGUUCCCCACAAAACAGUAUACCAGCGCAUGCGAAUCUCUUCAAGAUUCUCGACUGCAAAGUCCUCAUUACAGUCAAUCCUGCUCUCCCCAUGACACACUCAAUCCUUAAAGCCACCGGUGCGCGAGCAAUCAUUGAUUUCGAAGAAAUGUUGGAAAAGAAUCCGGCUAUCAAACUAUCGUCCUUUUAUGAAGGUUUAGCGAAGGGAAGAGGUAUGAGUAUUUUGGAGAACAAGAAAACAGUACAAGCAAGUGAGAAAUUGCGUGGAUUGAAAGGUAUUGAGGGAGCCUGGGUUGAGAAGUGGGUACAAGGUUGGAUUGAAUGA